CAGGGUUUGCUCGAUGCUCAGCUCGAGCUCUGGCACAUCUCCUUUGGCUACGUCAAAUCAAUGGCACUAAAGUCCUGCUUGGACCUCGGCAUCGCCGACGCCAUCCACCACCAUGGCGGUGCCGCUACCCUCUCCCAAAUUGUAGCUGUAGCUACGCUCCACCCGUCCAAGAUCUGCUGCCUGCGCCGCCUUAUGCGUGUGCUCACUGUCUCCGGCGUCUUCGGCGUCCAGCAGCCCAGUCCAAGGGACGACGUCCAAGUGGAGCUUGUCUACACGCUCACAGCAGUGUCCCACCUCCUCGUCAGCUCGGCCUCGGUGAACAUUGUCCCCGCCAUCAACCUGCAGCUCCAGCCCAACAUCGUCUCCUCCUUCUCUGAACUCGGGACCUGGUUCCAGCACAAGCUGCCAGAACCAGACCUUUUCAAGUUGAAGCACGGCAAAACCUUCUGGGAAAUACACCAUAAUGCGGCAUUCAACACCAUCGUCAAUGACGCCAUGGCCUCCGAUAGCCGGUUCCUCAUGGACAUCGCCAUCAGGGAGUGCGGCAGCGUCUUCGAGGGUAUAGGCUCCCUGGUCGACGUUGCCGGAGGCCAUGGUGGGGCGGCACAAGCAAUCUCGAAAUCAUUCCCCCACAUCAAGUGCAGCGUGAUGGACCUCGGCCAUGUCAUUGCCGAGGCUCCUAGUGGCACCGACGUGCAGUACAUUGCGGGCGACAUGUUUGAGAGCAUUCCACCGGCAGAUGUUGUCUUCCUAAAGUGGAUUAUGCAUGAUUGGAGCGACGAUGACUGCAUCAAAAUACUAAAAAAUUGUAAUAAAGCUAUCGCUCCAAAAGACGCUGGCGGAAAGGUGAUAAUUGUAGACAUGGUGGUUGGUGGGGGCCCGCAAGACCUGAAGCACAAAGAGACACAAGUCUUGUUCGAUCUUUACAUCAUGCUCGUCAAUGGCAUCGAACGAGAUGAGCAGGAGUGGAAGAAGAUAAUCAUGGCGGCAGGAUUCAGUGACUUCAAAAUCACCCCGAUUCUGGGUGUCCGAUCGAUCAUUGAGCUUUACCCGUGA